AUCCGUCCCCGCGCUGCUCCCGCCCCCUGACUCCGCGGCGACCCUGCUGCAGGCCAGUCGCUCCAGCCCCGCAGCCUGACCGCGCUCUCCGCGACCCUGUCCUCGGGCCUGUCCGCGCCGGAGCAGCUCGGGACUACGCGGCGCCGACAUGGGAAAGUCUUUUUCCCAUUUGCCUUUGCAUUCAAAUAAAGAAGAUGCUUACGGUGGAGUCGCAUCAACUGAAAACAUGAGGAAUGGAUUGGUUAGUAAUGAAGUCCAUAAUGAAGAUGGAAGGAGUGGAGAUGUCUCUCAGUUUCCAUAUGUGGAAUUUACAGGAAGAGAUAGUGUCACCUGCCCCACUUGUCAAGGAACAGGAAGAAUUCCUAGGGGGCAAGAAAACCAGCUGGUGGCAUUGAUUCCAUAUAGUGAUCAGAGAUUAAGGCCAAGAAGAACAAAACUGUAUGUGAUGGCUUCUGUGUUUGUCUGUCUGUUGAUUUCUGGAUUGGCUGUGUUUUUCCUUUUCCCUCGCUCUAUCGACGUGAAAUACAUUGGUGUCAAAUCAGCAUACGUCGGUUAUGAUGAUGCAAAGCGUACAAUAUAUUUAAAUAUCACAAACACACUAAAUAUAACAAACAAUAACUAUUAUGCUGUUGAAGUUGAAAACAUCACUGCACAAGUUCAGUUUUCAAAAACAGUUAUUGGAAAGUCACGUUUAAACAACAUAACAAACAUUGGUCCACUGGAUAUGAGACAGAUUGAUUACACAGUACCUACUAUCAUAGCAGAGGAAAUGAGUUAUAUGUAUGACUUCUGUACACUGCCAUCCAUCAAAGUGCAUAACAUAGUUCUCAUGAUGCAAGUCACUGUGACAACAACAUACUUUGGACACUCUGAACAGAUAUCCCAGGAGAGGUACCAGUACGUCGACUGUGGAAGGAACACGACUUAUCAGCUGGGGCAGUCUGAGUACCUGAAUGUCCUUCAGCCACAACAGUGAAAGCUGGACGAGAUGCGGCUAGAGAAGAAGAAACAGUAUUGAUUUUUUUUUAAUCCUCACCUGAGGAUAUUUUUCUAUUGAUUUUUAGAGAGAGUCGGAGGGGGAGAGACAGAGAGAAACAUCGAUGUUUAGAAAGACAUGGGGUCGGGGAUUGAGCCUGCAACUGAGGUAUGUGCCCUUGACCAACACUCCGUCUACUGAGCCAAAUUGGCCAGGGCCCUAUUGAUAUCUUUUAAACUCUGAAGGAUGAGGGACUUACUUUCUGAUAGGGGAUCAUACAUUGAACAACCUAAAUUUUACACUACUCUGUAUUUACACUAUUCUAUACAGCUAAAAGUAUGUGGACUUGCAAGUCUUUGCAGCUCUCUACUCCCAAGUACAUGAUAUUGGUACCAGGAUCUUUACUUAAAUCUAAGAUUACUGAUUGGUUUUCUUCUCCCCCGAUCCCUUCACCCCCACUCCCCAAAGGUGGAAACUGAGACUCCCUACAGUAAAAUAAAUAUUUAAGGUUCACAGCUCCAAUCACUACUGAAAACAUAAGUUUGGUGAUUAACAUAAUUCAAGAAACUUUAUUUCUGAAAGUUUUUAUAGACUUAUUACUGGUAGCUUAUUCUUUAUGAAAGACUUUUAAGGAAUAACCUUUUUUCCUGUUUUAUCAUUCCCAUUGCUACAAGGAAGUAUUUCAUCUAUAUGGUAUCAUAUUUCAUCCUUUAGGUAAACAUUUUUAGUUUUUCAUUUGUUGAAAUUCUAUUCAUUUGCAUUUUUUGUCCAUCUUAUUUCAAGCCAGUGCUUGAAUAACACUUAUAAAUAAACCAAAAUAAUCUUUGCAAAAUUCUCUACCUAAAAUUUUUAAAGUCUCUAAAUGUUUCACUUGUCUUUUCAUUUUAAUUAUAAUUUUGUGAAAUUUUGGUAUAAUCUUCAAACAUAAUUAAUGUAUAAUAUUGUAAAUAAACUGCAUGGCUUUUAUACAGCUUUAAUGUCAAGUGAUACAGAUUUAAAAGAAAGUAAGAUAUUCAUAAAUAUAAAAUAGGAAAUGAAAUUCAGAAACCUAUAGAAUGUGGAUAUAUUUCCAUUUACAUAUUAGAUUAGGCAUAAAAUAAAUUUUAAAUAAAGUAUUUUGAUGUUCCAUUUUUUAAAUAUUGCUUUUCAUACUAAAAAUUGUGAAGACACUUUUCAUAACUAUUAGGUACCCAAAUUAUCAAUUUUAUGAAUGCUUUGAGGUAGAAAUUUCUUUGGUUAAAAUUAUCCAAGAAAUCCUGUCAUUGAAUGAAAGUGGCUGUAUCAAAAUAAAAUCUAUAUUAUGCUUUUAAAUAUUUAAUCACUUUGCACAUCACAUGGAUAUCAUGCCUCUAGCAGUUACAUUUUUAAGGUUUUCUACUUUUGGUUUGAAUUUUAUUUAAAAUUGUUUUCAACUGUAAAUUAUUGACUUAUUCACUUUGUUGUUUUAUGCUUUCAAUACCACUUACCAACUGGGCCUUUUGCCUUUUUACUUACUAAGGUCUAAGUACCUUUCAAAUACAUACCACUGAAUGUAGGGGCUGACUGUGCUAUUCAAAAAAAGGGGGAGGGGAUGGCUUGAUCAGUAUCUUUCUGUUGCCUCCUUACAGGAAUAAGGCUCCCCUGGCCACCUCCCCCAAAAUGUCUAACUUAAGUCUGAAACAUAAUUAUUAAACAGUCUGACUCAAUUCUGAAACAUGUUGUAUUAAAUUAUUUCUAUUAAUAACUAAUUACUGAAUUUAUUAUUUACUUAUUAAUAAUUAUUAUGAAGCCCUCCUUUCUAACUACUUAUCUUCCCUUAAUUUAUUGCUAACUUAAUCCAGUGUUACUGCUAAACUAAAAUCAGCUCUUCACAUUUAUUAUGGAAUUCUGGUCAAACCCAAUUUUUAAGUUUUUUCCUUAGUUUUUGACUACUCCCAUUCUUGAAAUCCCACACUUCUCUAGUGUAUUGAUUCUAUUUAUAUUUUCCAAAUCAUUGUCAUUUCAUUUUCCCUCAUUCUCUUCUGACAUCUUUUAAUGAGUAUUAUCUAGACCAGUGAUUCCCAAAGUGGGCGCUACCGCCCCCUGGUGGGCGCUGCAGCGAUCCAGGGGGGCGGUGAUGGCCACAGGUGCAUUUGGGGGCAUAUAUCUUUCUGUUUAAUUGCUAUUAAAAUUUUUAAAAAAAUUAAUUUCCAGGGGGCGCUGAGUAAUAUUUUUUCUGGAAAGGGGGCGGUAGGCCAAAUAAGUUUGGGAACCACUGAUCUAGACCCUCUUUCACCUCAUAAUUUCUACUCCUGUGACUUCAACAAUGCAAUCAUUUAUAUCAGAUCUUCCAAAUCUGUUUCCACAUGCCUGAUCGAUAACCCAUCUAGUUUCCCAUGUAGCUAGUGACUUAGAAAUACUAAUAUUUCAGUGACUAUGUGUAAAACCAAACAAUGUUUUACAAAAUCUUACUUUUUGUUUUGUUCUCAUCUUGUCCUCAUAUCCUGUUUCCUUCAAAAUCACAUUCAUUUCUUCAGAAUCAUCUUCUACAAAAAUCAAUCCUAAUUUAUUUUCUUGCUUUGUAUCUUUUAACCUUGGAAAAUUAUAUAAUGUAAAUUAAAUGGAUUUUUUUGUUGAUUUGUGGUUCUAAAAUUCUUUUGGAUUCAUAGAAUCUAAUGAAGAGGCGGGAAAGUGAGGGAACAUUUGGUUUUUAUUAAUUUAGUUUCGAAUAUUUUUUUUUCUUCUUUAAAAACUUAUUAUACCUACUUUCUGUGAGUUUAAGUCAGAAAAAAAAAACCCUAAAAUUUAAAGUAAGUAUUUUUUAAAAAGGUAGUGGAGAAAUAAAGAUCACCUAUGACUACUUUCAGAGUGGGUUAAGUAACUACCAGAAUAAGCCUAAAACAGCUGGCUAUAAAUUAAUAUUAAUAACACUACAGAAACACAUUCUGGUAAGGCCAAAUUAUAGCCAUUUUUAAAAAAUCUGGGAAGAAUAAAUGAGGCUUAUCUUUUCUUAGGUCAUUGUCCGAUGUAGUUUCUUACAUGGUAAUAGGAUAGGUAUCAGUGCAUUGUUUUAAAACUGCUCUCAGACCUUAUCCAAAGGACAUGGUAAAGAUAUUACAUUUUUUUUCUGAUAAUUCCAAGGAUAACUUUCUCUUAAAUUACACUUUUAAUAGCCUGGCCAUUCUAACAAGGUAUAAUACUGUAACAAGCCCGUGUGUGUUGAUGUCACAUGUACACAGCACUGUGUCCUUUUCAGAGCACUUUCAUAUAUUUUUCUUAGGUGAUUUACCAUAGCCCUGUGAGUUAGACAAAAGAGGGUAGGAUCCUCCUCUUUUGAAAUAGGAAGGAGAGGCAUGGAGAAGUUGAAGGACAUGCUGAACUUAACAUAUUUAGUAAAUACUUUGACUGAGCCAGACCUAGUUUUUCUGUCUCCUAUAUCUGUGCUCUGUCAUUUAAUAUAUCCAUUGGAAAUGUCAUUGACUCAGAUUAGUAUGAUCAAAAAUUAGAGGAACUGUUCACAUGCUUAAUAGUCACACUCAAAAUAAUAUUGUGGACUAUGGUUUGGGUAACUAAGUUAGUACCUGGAAUAUUUUAAAUGGGAAAUUAACACCAAUAAAAUAUUUUGGACCAUAAUCUAUAGCUUAAUGUUUUUGUAAAAUUUAGUACUUGAUCAUUCCAAUAAAGAUAUGACAUGUCAUCAGAGUAGACUAUUCAUAAAUAAUAGAGAUUUUGAGAUUUGAAAUAUGAACAGUAUGAAAAUUAAUUAGAUACCAGACAAAUUACUUGAAAUUGCUAAAAUGGUUACUAUAUAAUACAUAACAUGUAAAUGACUUUUAAUUUGUAUACAGUUUUUCUAUGCCUUUUUUGUUUAGGUCAAUGAGUUAAUUAUUUCUUCUAAAAAUUCAUGACAAAAUAAAAUUCAAAAAAGAAAAUAAAAUUCAAAAAAGAAAAGAAAAUUCAAAAAAGAAAAGAAAAUUCACUUCAGAUCUUCUGAAUUGUAGUUUGAAAAUGACACAGUGCAGUGUUAAAAUGUAUAGGAAAUAACUGCCAAAACACAAUACAAGUAACCUAGGAGACUUUAAAUGUUAGUCUAAUGAGUCCUUUGUGGUUCUUAGCCUUAUUAUUGCAAUAUAAUUCUGGAUAUUUCAUUGGAGGGCAUGUCCCCAACUGUCUCCCAUGCUAUUUUUUCUUUUUUAGAGUUCUUAAUUCUUUAAUGAUUACAUUGUAUUUAAGAAUAUAAUUUGUUAGGUACUUAACACUUAAGUCACUGCUAGGUAUAGCUAAUAUUUAUUGUUACUUCAUGUGUCACAUACUGUAUUAAUCUUUUGUGUGCAUUAUGUUACUCCUCAGAAGAGCCCUCUAAGGUGGAUACUGUUGUUACCUCCCAUUUUAUAUCUGAUAAAAUUGACUUUUAAGGAAGUUAUAGUUAAGAUUUUAAGUGGCAGAUUCAAGAUUUACAAGUCUGUAACUCAAGCAUUAUUGCUCUUAUAAUUAGCAUAUUUUCUUUCCAGUCUUUGAAAGUGAUUGCAAAAAUAUAUUGGUUGUUGCACUUAACAUGUAAAACUUUGAGGUGUUUGAUAGGCCAUAUACAGAUUUUCAACCAACCACAGAGUUGACCCUUGAAUAAUAUGGGUUUAAAUUACACUGUUCAAUUUGGAUAUAAAUUGGCCUCUGCAGUCGAAACCUGUGUUGUUCGAGGAUCAACUGUUUUCAAAAAAUAAUAUUAGGAUACUUUAUUAUUUUGUAGAUCUUUGGUGUAAUAAAAAUGUUUAUCAUUGAUUUUUAAAAUAUAUUAUUUCUUAGGAUUUAUUUCUUUUAAAAGAUGAAAAAUUUUAAAUUUACAAAUACGUAUCAACCUUCUUUGAUUAGCAGCAUAAAUUGACUUUCAAGCUAUUAAGUUGCAAGCCAAAGGUUGUUACAUUAGGUCAUGACAUCUUGAAAGCAGCAAAUACUUGGCUCACAUUCAUAUAAGAAAAAUUAAUUUGAUUUAUCUUGUAAAAUAUUUGAAAUGAGAUGUUUAUCUUAAACUUUUAUUUUAAGGGAAAAAUGUGUUUGAGAAGGUAGGGUUAAAAGACUGUUAAACAUUAUUUCUUUAAAAAAUGUAUUUUUACAUGAAAACAAUAUAUUUACAAUGUUCUUGGAACAAAAAUUUCUCUUCUAUAUCCAAGAUCUUCUUAUUUUCAAAAUAAACAUUUUCAUUUAUCAGCUGAAAUUUCUGAUUAGAACUAAUAUUUGUGUAUUUUUGUGUUUAGUCAGAAUGUAAAUUUCACAGUGGGUUUUUAAAAUUAUCCUUAAUUUGGAAGAAAGCAAAUAAUAUGUUUAUAAAGUUACUACUGGGGGAAAAUGGUAAUUUUAAUUUUUUUAAAACAAAUAAUAUGAUUGCUUAUGUUUGUAGUUCAUUUUACAUGUGUUUAGCACAGGCUGUAAGUUUAAAAAUAUACUAUGGUCUGUAUUGAUCCAAAAAAAUAUUUCAUAAAUUAAUAUAACAAACGUCAAGUUUUUCAUAGCUAAAUCUAAUUCUUCUAGAAGGAAAUUGUUGCCUUCUGUUUAAUUACAUUAAAUGAAAUGUGUUUAAAUGUUUUCAGCAUAUUUUGUAUACUAAAAAAACAAAAGGGAUUAGUAUUGAGCCAAUGGCCAAGAGGUAAUAUUACUACCAUGUAGACUGUUACAGUGUAAAUUGUUUCACUUCCCCAGAAUUUUAGAAACUAGAAGUCUGGGAGAUGCAGCAUCAGCUGUAGUUGGGUGAUUCAUCUUAAAAUUAUUAUGUGACAUGGAGCAUAUGCCAACUUGCAAAACAUGCAUAAGUUCAUUAUGUAAUGGUUUGUUUUAGGCAUAAAAUAUCAGCAAGCCAUAUCUUGAGUAUUUUGUCUUAUAUUUCCUUGUAGAACUAAAUUACAUAAGAUUUUGGAAAAUAAUUUGAAAUGCUUGCUGACUUGACCUCCCUGGUCAAAUAUUUGAAUGAUGGCAUUACUGGGUAGAUUCUAACCCAUGAUUCUAAUUAUGGAGUAAAGAGUAAUAUAGAUAUGAGACUGUGUAUAGGGUACUUACUCUUCGUAUUAUACAUUAGCCUCCAUCAUAACACUUAUUAGAUUUCCAAGUCGAGCAGUUAACUAUUGUUGCUGUUCAUGUAACAAAACAUGCUUAUGAUAGUAAACUGAGAAGUGCCCCCAAAUGCUAUUAUUUUUAAUUCACUUGUAACUGUUAACUCUUGUAAUUGUGUAUGACACAAUAAAAUUUGUAAAAAUUUUAGCAUGAAAAAUAAAAGUUGUAUUAGUCAA